UUCAUCUUUCGUCCCAGUCUGUUGCCUCUUGCAUCAUCCCACAUCUGGCUAACCCCGAUUUCGCUUGCCCUUUCCCCUUAGAAUUUUCUAGCAUCCCUCCUAGAUACCCUGUCAAUUUGUGCUCUGCAGUCAAUCAUUCUUACAAUACCUUCCGCUUCCCCCUCCCGCCUUUUCCUUUCCUCUUUCCCUUUGUCCUUCGCUUCUGUGUUGUCCGUCUUGCUCUAAUCGCUUAUAACUUUCACUUUUUUUCCAAGGUUGAAUUUGCCACGUUUGCCGUCUACAGCAUCCCUGUUGUUGGUGACUGAGUACAGUACAGAUGUCUUUCUCUAGGGCGGAGCCUUUUCGGUUCUAUAAUCCAACUUCCCAGCCACGAAAAAGCAAAUCGGCAAAACCUGCUACACCUUCAUCCGGGUCAUUAUUCAGCCAAUUGCCAGCCACACAUGCACUACCUAAGAAGCCACCGACUGUAAUGUCAUCUGAGGAGACAUCAGCAAUCUUACGUGCUCCACAUAGAGAGACAACGAUGACAACGAUAGAUCCUUUUACAACAUUAUCUACGCAAGGGACAGAAUCUGACAAUACCAGAGUUAUGUCCAAUGUUCCGUCCAGCGCGCAGUCGACCUCCGUGCAGAAGCCUCCUGAACCUCAACAGGAGCCGGAUGCUCAUAUCGAUGGUUCGUCCAGGGACCGCGGAACAACAAACAACAAUUUUUCUAACGCAGAAACGUCCUUUGGGGGGGCAACACAGAUAAUUUCUCCUUGUGAUAAUGCAGCUUCUGAUGAGCAUUCGUCCGCUAUUAGAAGUAAGCAUGCAACAAUGAUGCCGGAUCCUACACCGGAAGAAUUGAUGAGGCGUCCAUCGAAGGAAAUCAUCCCUGGCCCCUCUGCCGCAGUUACACCGCAGUCAAUUCGCGUUACAGAAGCAGUUGGGAGCCAGGGAGAAACACGUUCUCCUUUAACCACGGAUCAACACAUGGAUUCAUCCCAUCAGGAGAACCCGAAGUUACCGAUUAUUGCUGUCGAGGUACCGCAAACAAAAACCACGCCAAAUGAAAACAGUGGUGCCGAAUUGACGACGUCCAGUGAAGAUAACGACGAUUCGGAAGACUCAAAUUAUGAAACCGAGUUUGAGGAAGCUGAUGAGCCUCAACUGUCCAAAUUUCCACGGUCGAGAAAGGGACUAAAGAGAUCCUUGACGCCAUCCCGUCCGCGGAAUGUGAAGAAAACGCGGUUAGAUCUUGGGCAAGUGCCUGCAACCUCGUCAUCUCGUGGGGCGUUGUGGAAUUUUCGAUCGUCAGUAUUAGAGCGAUGCGGCCACUGUCGUUGUGACAGCCAAUACACCCCUAACCCUGCACCUUCUUGUGCGAUAGAACCAAGGCAUAUUCCUGUAAAUGGCUACCUGGAAUUAUCACCUGGAGGCUUACGAACCUCCAUCGUUCUCAACGCUGUCACACCCUAUGAUUUCACUGGAUCAUUAUUCAACCAGCCCUCUACUAGUGCCACCAUUCGGUAUAAUUCAACCAGUACUGACGGGGCAGAUUCAGACAGCGGGCCCCAUAAUCAGUCACUACAUAGAAGAAGAAAGAGAGCACGCUUCACGAAGGAGGAAGACGCCCUGCUAAUUGAGCUCAAACAGGGUGGAUUAAAGUGGAAAGACAUGGAACAAUAUUUCAACGGGCGGGAAUGGUCAUCGCUACAAACUAGAUGGUCAAGAUACUUGCAGUCUGACACCCGGAGUCAGCAUGUUUGUAAUCACUAGAAAGUUGCUGGAAGCCUAGACUUCUAGCGUGUGUUGAGUUGGUCGUUACAACUGUGCCAAACCAAAUAGCAUUGAAAAGGUUUUAAUGUUUGCAGAAUAAAUUGUGUCGUCGGAACAGCAUCGGGGAUUCCGGACUAGAUAUAUUUGGAAACAUCAUGUAAUGACCACAGAUCAAUUUCUUUCCUGAAUCCGAAGGCCUGACACAGAA